GUGUUCUGAUGGAAAAUAGAACUGUUAUAGAGAAUGGUUAUGAUAUACCAUUUGUCAGUGACGAGACUAUCACAGGUUUUUAUAUUGGAAUUUUGAACUUCUUUUUUAUGAUAGCAAGUUGUAUAGGAGGACUUGUCACAGUACAAUUUUCGUUUAAAUACAACAAGAAGCGUUUUAUGAAAUGGAGAUAUGUGGAUCGUUUUAUAUUGUAUAAAGCACUAAAUGAUAUGGUGUAUUAUUUCUUUCCUAUAUGCUAUUUAGUCCAUGUGACAUUAGAAAAAGUCAACUAUCCGGUAUCAGCUUUCUGUACAAUGUAUGCUAUUAUAUCUAAUGUGUUUGGAUCAUCACAAGCCUUGAUGACAGUCACAGUAGCGGUCACAGCUUUUGUUUUGGUUUACUUUAACAAGCAACUGACUAUGGGACCAAGAGACUGUUACUUGUAUAUAAUAGUCUUAUUUAUUCCAGCAGCUAUGUUUACAGUAUUAGGCAUAUUCAAACAACUUGGACCAAAUGGUUAUUUUUGUAACUACGAUGCUGUGAAAGGCAGCAUUUCCCAUUUGGUGAUUGUGUCUAUUGGUUUUACUUUGAUCAUAUUAAGUACUAUAGUCCUCUAUAUACUGAUCUGCAUUAAGGCUUACAAACAAUCAAAGAAGAUUGAUGCAGUUUCCAAAAAGAAAUCGUUAGCAAAGAAAAGAACACUGGCCAUUGCAAAGCAUGCAUCACUUCUUAUAACAGCGUUCUUCUUUCAAUUUGGAGUCUUUAUAUUAGACGGAAUAUGGCGAGCUAUAGAAACACCACCUAACUGGGUUUAUUUCCUUACAACAAUAAUGAGUAGUUCAGGUGGCAUUGUCAAUAGUAUAGUGUUUUGUGUAAUAAGAAAAGAACAAAACAAAUCUGUUUCUCCGAUCGUAACGCAAUCAGGACAAUCAAACGAUACAAGAUCUGCUGGGACCACAAAGAAACCAGAUUCAAAAGUACCAAGCACGACAUAUCCAACAAUCACUCACAUUUUAGUAACUGGAAAACGAACAAACAACCCUCAAUCUUUGUCAUCUAGACUUAAAGAAUGUGAAACUCUUUCAAGUUUAUAAAACAUCCAUUUUAUUGACAUUUCCGAAACGCGACAUCAAAAAUAAAACCCAGUUGUUUUACA